AUGCGUGUGCCGACGAAAGGUGACCUGCCGCAGGCGCAGAAGUUCUUGGAGGAGUGCUUGCAGAUGCAGCGCGGCCUUCAUGUCAACAACAACCAUUUGGACAUUGCAUCCGCAUUGUUCGAGCUGGGAUGCUUGUGCCGACAAGCUGGCGACCUGCCGCAGGCGCAGGAAUUCUUGGAGGAGUGCUUGCAGAUGCAGCAUGCCCUUCACGGCAACACUAUCCAUUUGGACAUUGCAGCCGUAUUGUUCGAGCUGGGAUGCUUGUGCACACAAGCCGCUGACCUGCCGCAGGCGCAGAAGUUCUUGAAGGAGUGCUCGCAGAUGCAGCGCGGCCUUCACGGCAACAUCAUCUAUUUUGAAAUUGCAUCCGCAUUGUUUGAGCUAGGACGCUCGUGCAGACAAGCAGGUGACCUGCCGCAGGCGCAGAAGUUCUUGGAGGAGUGCUUGCAGAUGCAGUGCGAUCUCUACAUAUACCAGAGACCAGUUUGGGGCCACACCAGGCCACCCGGACAUUGCAGCCAAGGCGAACUGCGCAAGGCUCAAGAGUUUUUGAAGGAGUUCUUGCAGAUGCUGCCGGUCAUUCCUGCUGACAUCCGCGAGAUUGAAAUCCCCGCAGAACGGGAGCUAGAACAGGUGAGACAACAUCGCAGUGACGACAGGAGUGCCAGCCGCUGA